AUGAUGAAGGCACCUAGCAGUGAUGGCUUUGGUCCCCUAUUAGAACAGAUGGUGCAAGCACUUUGUCGGCAUGUAUCGGAUGAUUCUCCUACUGUUAGGCGCCUCUGUCUAAGAGGGCUUGUCCAGUAUACUACUCAAAUCCUAGGGGUGAUAUUAGCUUUGAUCGAUGACUCAGAUGAGUCGGUUCUUGAGUCCUCAUCCACGGAUGCGGUUGAACCUGUUCUCCUGAACCUUUCUAUACGGCUUCAGAAUCUCCAAGAGUGCAUGAAUGAGAAGAUACGCGCCAAUGCUUAUGCUGCAUUUGGAGCACUGAGCACUUAUGGAACUGGGCCUCAACGAGACUCUUUUCUUGAGCAGGCUCAUGCUGCUUUCCCACGGAUUGUUUUACAUCUUCAUGAGGAUGAUCAUAGUGUGAGACAAGCUUGCCGAAACACUUUGAAACCCAUUGCUCCCUUGAUGGAAAUUGAUGGAAUAACUGUUGUUUUCAACACUCAUUGGUUUAGUUCGGACCAUCGAGGCGACUAUGAAGACUUUCUUCGAGAACUUGCAAGGCAACUAACUCAAAAUCUUGCUGCCCGAGUAGAUAGGUACAUGACAUCAAUAAUACAGAUUUUGGAUGCUGAAAUUUGCAAAAAGCCGAUGUUAAACAUGUAG